CAACGCGAAACCCCUCAAGCCAUCUUCCUCCCCAUUCUCUUCCUGCUCGAGCUUCGUGCUGCGUGAGGGAGGUUAGAGCGGACUUACGGUUUUUUAUUCGCCAGUAAAUCCUCGUCGCUGAAUCCAUUUCUCGCUCAAAUCCUGUUGAAAAUCUCGAAUCGACGAAAUUCUCUCUCUUAUUUCGCUCAUUUCGAUCUUCCCCCGAUCGCUAAACCCUAGAUUUAGUAGCAGCAGCUUUUCAAUUUUUACGUGAAUCUCUUGUACUUUUAUUUUUUUUUCCGGAGAGAUCUUGGGAAACUGUUCUUCGUCGGUCUUCGCGUGGUUGAGUCGCUUAGGAAGGUGAGAUGAAUCCUCGUGGUAGGUUUCCUCCGCCUGGCAUGGGUAACGGGCGAGGAGGUAGCGGGGGCUCAAACCCUGGGUUUUACCCGAGGAAUCCUCAGCAACAACCGCAGUAUGUGCAGCGGAGCCAAGUGACUAGGCAACCGACCCCGCAGUUUCAGCAUCAAUAUCAGCAGCAUCAGCAUUGGUCGAGGAGGAACCCUGUGGAGGUCGAUUCUGGUGCUUAUGAAUUAGCAAAGCCCGUUCAAAAUGAGACGGCUGAUUCCAGUUCCCAAGAUUGGAAGGCGCAAUUAAAGAUUCCCCCUCGUGACACCCGCUACAAAACAGAGGAUGUGACUGCAACAAAAGGAAAUGAGUUUGAAGAUUAUUUUCUGAAGCGAGAACUUCUUAUGGGCAUAUAUGAGAAAGGUUUUGAAAGGCCUUCGCCUAUUCAGGAAGAAAGCAUCCCUAUUGCACUCACUGGUUGUGACAUUCUUGCGAGAGCUAAAAAUGGGACUGGAAAGACAGCUGCAUUUUGUAUUCCUGCACUUGAAAAAAUUGAGCAAGAUCACAAUGUCAUUCAAGGUAUGAUAUUGGUUCCCACGAGAGAAUUAGCUCUUCAAACGUCACAAGUUUGUAAGGAACUUGGAAAACAUCUGAAGAUUCAGGUUAUGGUAACUACUGGAGGAACUAGCUUGAAGGAUGAUAUUAUGCGGUUAUAUCAACCUGUUCAUUUACUGGUUGGGACUCCUGGUCGAAUACUUGAUCUUGCAAAUAAAGGCAUUUGUGAUUUGGAUUUCUGUUCCAUGCUUAUCAUGGAUGAGGCUGACAAGCUUCUCUCUCCUGAGUUUCAACCAUCAAUAGAGCAGCUCAUUCAGUUUCUUCCUGCUAAUAGACAAAUUUUAAUGUUUUCAGCAACAUUUCCUGUUACUGUUAAGGAUUUUAAAGACAGAUACCUACCAAAACCAUAUAUUAUCAAUCUAAUGGAUGAACUCACACUGAAGGGAAUAACCCAAUAUUAUGCUUUUGUAGAAGAGAGGCAGAAGGUCCACUGCCUGAAUGCCCUUUUCUCAAAGCUUCAAAUUAAUCAAUCCAUUAUAUUCUGUAACUCUGUUAAUCGGGUGGAACUAUUAGCAAAGAAAAUCACAGAGUUGGGUUAUUCUUGCUUCUACAUUCAUGCUAAAAUGUUGCAAGAUCACAGGAAUCGUGUCUUCCAUGACUUCCGCAAUGGUGCAUGCAGGAACCUUGUUUGCACAGAUCUCUUUACCAGAGGAAUUGACAUUCAAGCUGUUAAUGUUGUCAUCAAUUUUGAUUUUCCAAAGAACUCUGAAACAUAUCUUCACAGGGUUGGUCGUUCAGGAAGAUAUGGUCAUCUUGGUUUAGCUGUCAAUCUUAUUACCUAUGAAGAUCGUUUUAACUUGUAUCGGAUUGAACAAGAGCUUGGAACUGAGAUAAAACAGAUUCCCCCACAGAUUGAUCAAGCUAUAUACUGUCGGUGAUGUGCAGUUUUGACAAUUUCAUAGUGAAUAAACUACAUGGCUACUUGCAUACCUGGCAAGAUUCAUAUCGCCGACCUUGUAUGUGAUGCCCAAGAGGGAUUCACUUGCGAAGUGAACUUAUUAUGUCCAGCUAAAAUCGUAUUUUAGGUUAUUUUCUGGUACUCAUCUGUGUGUUGUAUUCAGAAGUAGAUUUCUCUAGCGCAUACUCGAGAAGGCAUUGAACUCUCUUUGCACUGCUGCUGUGUUGGUGAUUAGAUGAUUAUUGUUGCUUCAUGCUAUUGCCAUCCCAUCAAAUGCAGCAGAGUCGAUGAUUGCAAAGCGGGAUUAGGAUGUGUAGCUUGUUAACAUCAUGAAUUCUGAAACAGCUGCUCAUGUUUAUAUGUUCAUACUAUAGACUGAUUGUGUGGC